GUCAACAUGGAACCCCUGGGCAAAGAUGCGAAGACAAAUCCAUCAGCUACGGCUAAUCUCUUUUCUCGGAUCUUCUUCUGCUGGCUGAAUCCUCUCUUCCGUAUCGGAUACAGACGAAGACUGGAGGAGAGUGACAUGUUUAAAGUGCUACCAGAAGACAGCUCAAAGAGACUGGGAGAAGAGCUGCAGAGCUAUUGGGAGCUGGAGCAGCAGAAAGCUAAAAAGGAACUCAGAGAUCCCAAACUAACCAAAGCAAUCAUCAAAUGUUACUGGAAGCCCUAUGCCGUCCUGGGUAUUUUCACCCUUAUAGAGGAGGUCAUUAAGGUCAUCCAGCCCGUGUUCUUGGGCAAACUGAUCCGUUACUUUGAGACCUACGACCCCGAGGACAUGGCUGCGCUGUACGAGGCGUGUGGCUACGCCGCCGGCGUCUCCCUCUCCACCCUCGGCCUGGCCCUGCUCCACCAUCUGUACUUCUACUACGUCCAGCGCGCCGGCAUGAAAAUCCGCAUCGCCAUGUGUCACAUGAUCUACAGGAAGGCACUCUGUCUCAGCAGUGCAGCCAUGGGCCAAACUACCACCGGACAAAUCGUGAACCUCUUAUCCAAUGACGUCAACAAGUUCGACGAGGUGACCAUAUUUUUGCACUUCCUGUGGGUGGGGCCUCUCCAGGCAGCCGCUGUGAUUGGUCUGUUGUGGCAGGAGAUCGGACCGUCGUGCCUCGCGGGAAUGGCCGUCCUCGUCUUCCUCAUGCCGCUGCAGACUUUGUUCGGACGACUUUUCUCCAAAUUCAGGGCGAAGACGGCGGUCCUCACGGACAGCAGGAUUCGGACGAUGAACGAGGUGGUGUCCGGUAUCCGUAUCAUUAAAAUGUACGCCUGGGAGAAGCCUUUCGCCACCCUCGUCAACGACGUCAGGAGGAAGGAGAUCUCUAAAAUCAUGAAGAGCUCCUACCUGCGCGGCAUGAACAUGGCUUCUUUCUUCGCCGCCAGUAAGAUCAUCCUCUUCGUCACCUUCACCGUGUACGUGUUGCUAGGCAACACCAUAUCGGCCAGCCGCGUCUUCGUGGCCGUGUCGCUGUACAGCGCCGUACGCCUCACCGUCACGCUCUUCUUUCCCUCCGCCAUUGAGAAAGUGUCCGAGGCCGCCAUCAGCAUCCGCAGGAUCAAGAAAUUUUUGCUGCUGGACGAACUGGUGAAACCAGGAGACACUCUGGACAAGGACGAGAAAAAAGAGACGGCAGUGGAGAUUCUGGAUCUCAUCUGCUACUGGGACAAGGCUCUGGAUGCUCCUACACUGCAAAAUGUGUCAUUCACUGUGAAAACAGGGCAGCUCCUCGCUGUGAUUGGUCCAGUGGGAGCAGGAAAGUCUUCUCUGUUGAGCACCAUUCUGGGCGAGCUCCCGGCGGAAAAGGGUGUGGUGAAGGUCAAAGGUGAACUGACUUAUGCUUCCCAGCAACCCUGGGUUUUUCCCGGGACCAUCCGAAGCAACAUCUUGUUCGGCAAAGAGUUUAACCCCCAGAGAUACGAGAGAGUGCUUAGAUCCUGUGCGCUCAAGAGGGACAUGGAGCUGCUCCCGGACGGGGACAUGACCGUAAUCGGAGACCGAGGGGCCACGCUCAGCGGGGGCCAGAAAGCCCGCGUCAACCUGGCCAGGGCUGUUUAUCAGGAUGCUGACAUAUACCUGCUGGACGACCCGCUGAGUGCAGUGGAUGCCGAGGUGGGCAGACAUCUGUUUGAACAGUGUAUCUGUGGCACUCUGAAAAACAAGCCUCGUAUCUUGGUCACACACCAGCUGCAGUACCUCAAGGCGGCCGAUCAGAUCCUGGUUCUCAAAGAGGGGCACAUGGUGGCUAAAGGCACAUAUGCGGAGCUGCUGCGAUCUGGUCUGGAUUUCACCUCCUUGCUGAAGAAGGACGAGGAAGAGGAGCAACCAGGAGGAGGUGGCGGCGCAGGGGGAGGAGGGCAGGGGAGCGUGGAGCCGUCGCGGAGCCGAACGCUAUCGCAGAAUUCUGUCCGCUCCCACACCUCCUCGCUGCAGUCUUUUAAAGACGCCUCUGAGCAGCUCCCGGCCGAGACGGUCCAAACCAUCCCCGAGGAGAGCCGCUCGGAGGGAACCAUCGGCAUCCGCCUGUACCUCAAAUACCUGAAGGCUGGCGCCAACGUCCUGGUUCUCCUGGGGCUCCUCCUCCUCAACCUGCUCGCCCAGACCUCCUAUAUUCUCCAGGAUUGGUGGCUUGCGUAUUGGGCCUCAGAACAGGAGAGUCUGGACAACGCUAACAUCACGCUUGGCCACACCACUGGAGUCAUCACAGGCCCCAACAACACGCAGCAACUCGACCGCAACUUCUACCUGGGCAUUUACGCAGGUUUAACGGGAGCCACCCUAAUCUUCGGUUUCAUGCGGAGUCUGCUGAUGUUCAACGCGCUGGUGAGCGCCGCUCAGACGCUCCACGACCGCAUGUUCAACUCCAUCCUCCGCACGCACGUGCGCUUUUUCGACGUCAACCCCAUCGGAAGAGUUCUCAACCGAUUUUCCAAAGACAUCGGUCAGCUGGACUCUCUGCUACCUUGGACAUUUGUGGACUUUGUUCAGGUGUUUCUGCAGAUUGUCGGGGUCAUCGCCGUGGCAGCGUCAGUCAUUCCGUGGAUCCUAAUCCCGGUGCUGCCCCUCCUCAUCGUGUUCCUCUUCCUGCGACGUUACUUCCUGCGGACUUCCAGGGACGUCAAGCGACUGGAGUCUACGACCCGGAGUCCUGUGUUCUCCCACCUCUCCUCCUCACUACAGGGCCUGUGGACCAUCCGGGCCUUCAGAGCCGAGGAGAGGUUCCAGCAGACCUUUGACGCCCAUCAAGACCUCCACUCAGAGGCUUGGUUCCUGUUUCUGACGACGUCACGUUGGUUUGCUGUGCGUCUGGACGGCAUUUGUUCCAUCUUCGUGACCAUCACUGCUUUUGGGUGCCUCCUCCUGAGAAACAGCCUGGAGGCGGGUGACGUGGGCCUGGCGCUGUCCUACGCUGUUACCCUGAUGGGCAUGUUUCAGUGGGGCGUUCGGCAGAGCGCGGAGGUCGAGAACAUGAUGACAUCGGUGGAAAGGGUGGUUGAAUACACAGAGCUGGAGAGCGAGGCACCAUGGGAAACGCAAAAACGCCCUCCGCCAAACUGGCCGAGCCAGGGCCUCAUCGCCUUCGACCAGGUCAACUUCUCUUACAGCUCCGACGGGCCGGUGGUUCUGAAGAACAUGAGGGCCAUGUUCAGACCCAGGGAGAAGGUUGGCAUUGUUGGCAGGACGGGCGCUGGCAAGAGCUCUCUCAUCUCCGCCCUGUUCCGCCUGGCAGAACCAGAGGGCAAGAUCUACAUCGACGGCGUGCUGACCUCCGAGAUCGGCCUGCACGACCUAAGGCAGAAGAUGUCCAUCAUUCCGCAAGACCCGGUGCUUUUCACGGGCACCAUGAGGAAAAACCUGGACCCCUUCAACCAGCAUUUAGACGAAGACCUGUGGAACGCUCUAGAAGAGGUCCAGCUGAAGUUGGUGGUGGAGGAGUUGCCGGGUAAACUGGAGACGGUGCUGGCUGAGUCGGGUUCUAACUUCAGCGUGGGCCAGAGACAGCUGGUCUGCUUGGCCAGGGCCAUCCUGAGGAAGAACCGCAUCCUCAUCAUCGAUGAGGCCACCGCCAACGUAGACCCACGGACUGACGAGCUCAUCCAGAAGACCAUUAGGGAGAAAUUUAAGGAGUGCACCGUACUCACCAUCGCACACAGACUGAACACCAUCAUUGACAGUGACCGCAUACUGGUUCUAGAUGCGGGUCGGAUCCAGGAGUAUGACCAACCUCACACUCUCCUGCAGAACCAGGAAGGAAUCUUCUACAAGAUGGUUCAGCAGACGGGCAAAGCAGAAGCAUCUUCACUCCUUCAGUCGGCCAAGCAGGCCUACAUGAACAGGAGCCAGUCCAGCCUGGCCAACGGCGUGGUGCCCGGCACGGACGGCAGCAUCGUCAUCUUUGAGACGGCCCUGUAA